GAAAUCCCUUCAGGUAGUUGAGGGUUUCUGUUCUACAUUUCAGAGCUCAAACUAAACUCAGAACCGAAAGAUUUCUAUUUGAUGCAGAGCGAAGACAAAGCCGCGGCUGUGCCACACACCUGUAGGUUUUCAUUUGUUUACCCGGUAGUGUUUUAUUUUUUCCGAACUUUAACAUGAAGUUGCUAAGCGUUAUUAGCAUUUAGCUCGAACGUCAGCCGAUGUGGUGAACCGGGACUUCCGGACGGUUUCUGCCGGACUUCCGGGCACUUUCUGCGGCCUCCAGAUCACAAAUGGAGGGAGAUCUGGAGGAUGGAGAGAUCUCUGGCUCUGAUACGGAGAUGGGGACCUUGUCCGGGGCGCAGCCGCGACCCCCGGCCCCCCCACCCUUCAGAGCCGCCGUCCCGGCCUCUGCAGCCACAGCUUACCGCGGCGGAGGGAGCCACAGGGCCGGAGACUCCAGCGACAGCGACCCGGAUUCCUCGGACGAGGAGGCGGCCCUGUGGCGCAGGAAGCGGCAGAAAGUGUCCAACGCUCCGCAGCCGCCUGCGCACACCCCCCGGCUGGCUCCCAACCCCGUGCCCGCCUCUGGAGCCCCGCAGGGCCGCAGAGUGAACAACAUCUGGGGGUCCGUGGUGCAGGAGCAGUCCCAGGACACCCUCACUGCAGAGCUGGGCUUCUUCGGCAUGGAGGGGGUCGGCAUGUCCAGCAGGAACGUGGAGACUUAUAACUACGUCUUGGCCCGAAAGAUCAUGGAUAAGGAGAGGGAGAAGGAGAAGCAGGAGAAGGAGGGAGGAGAGGUGAGCAUGUUGGACGCUGAGCUGGAGGAGUACAUGAAGGGCCGGGGGUCCGAGGAGAGAUCAGGAGGUGAUGCCAAGAGGAAGAGGUCUGCCAAAGAGCGGCUGGGCCCCCGAGCUGAGAUGGACAUCAAGGGCCGGUACGAGAUCACCGAGGACGACGACGACGACAAGGUGACCGAGGAGAUCGCACACCGGCUGCAGGAGCCCAAGAAGGACCUGAUCGAGCGGGUCGUCAGGGUCAUCGGGAAGAAGAAAGCCAUCGAGCUGCUGGGAGAGACCGCCACGCUGGAGGAGAGCGGCGGCGUCUACACCAUGGACGGCAGCCGGCGCCGCACGCCCGGCGGGGUCUACCUCAACCUCCUGAAGAACACCCCCAGCAUCACCAAGGAGCAGAUCAAGAACAUCUUCUUUGAGGAGCAGCAGAGGGACUCCAAGAGCAAGAAGGCGGCUCAGAAGAGGAGGCGCCACGUGGUGGCCAAGAAGAUGAAGCAGGCCAUCGGCCUGCUCAACCUGCAGGAACAUGACGACGUCUCCAGGGAGACGUUCGCCAGCGACACCAACGAGGCCUUGGAGUCUCUGGAGGAGGCGGCGGAGGGUGGAGAGGAGGAGGAGGAGGAGGAGGAGGAGGAGCGUCCGCAGGAGGCUGCUGUGGGCACCGAGGACAACGCCGUGGUCUACAGCUCUGCAGACCUGGAGGUCUUCUGAAAUCCGACCAAACUCUGAAAGCACUACCGUGACUCCAGAGACACACACACACACACACACACACACACACACACACACACACACACACACACACACACACACACA